CCACCGUUAACCCCAUUCGUCGCCGCAGACGUUUCAUGCCAGCUUUGGGGCGGAAAGUUCCCGUCGUAUUCAUGAGGCGGGACUACUUCUCGGUUGUAGAUUUUCAUUGGAGUUAUUUCUCUCUGAGGCUGGACCAAAAACCGUCUUCUCGUACCUGGUUGGCCCGCUAGUAGGAAGCACCGCUCCUGGGCUGAAGCCGUCGUGUUGCCCUCACUGCUCCCUGUUUUAUUCUCACCAAGAAGUGUGAGUGCGGCUCCGCUGAGUGAGCGGUGCAAUGAUAAAAGCCGCAUAUGCGGUAGGCUACACACCUAUCAGGCAGGAAAAUACCCACGAAACAGCCUCACCACGCUUCUCCUCGCACCACAGCCUUAUCCACGACUCUGAGCGGAACCUGAAGUGCCAGUAGAACCAUGUCCAGGCCAACGGGGGGCGGUGCCAACGAUGUCACGGUCCGCUUCCUGUCAUCAGGGGCGGGGCCGGGGCCAGGGUCUCCCACCUCCAACUCUGUGUUCCCUGCCGCCAGCCAGGCCGACUGGGCAGCUAAGAGGCUGGUGUGGGUGCCGUCAGAGAAGCAUGGCUUUGAGUCGGCCAGUAUUGGGGAAGAGCGUGGUGAUGAGGUGGAGGUUGAGCUUACAGACAGUCAGCGGCGGAUCACUCUGUCCAGGGAGGAGGUGCAGCGGAUGAACCCCCCACGCUUCAGUAAAGUGGAGGACAUGGCCGACCUCACCUGCCUCAACGAAGCCUCGGUGCUGCACAACCUGAGAGAGAGAUACUACUCUGGAUUGAUAUAUACAUAUUCAGGCCUGUUCUGUGUGGUGGUGAACCCUUACAAGAACCUGCCCAUCUACACAGAGGCCAUCGUGGAGAUGUACCGGGGCAAAAAACGCCACGAGAUGCCCCCACACAUCUACGCCAUAUCAGAGGCCGCCUAUCGCAGCAUGCUACAAGACCGAGAAGAUCAAUCAAUCCUCUGCACAGGCGAGUCUGGAGCUGGGAAAACAGAGAACACUAAGAAAGUAAUCCAGUAUUUGGCUCACGUUGCCUCUUCUCAUAAGGGUGGCACUUUGGGCAGGAACAAGGAAGCUGUCCAGAUGGAUGGCUCUAGAUCUUUAACAAGGGGCAGUACUUUGGUGAACAGGAGUAUGCAAUAUGGCGAGCUGGAGAGACAGCUGCUGCAGGCCAACCCCAUACUGGAGGCCUUUGGUAACGCAAAGACUGUGAAGAACGACAACUCCUCUAGAUUUGGUAAAUUCAUUCGCAUUAAUUUUGACGUGGCGGGGUACAUUGUUGGUGCCAACAUAGAAACCUACCUCCUUGAAAAGUCCCGGGCCACCCGUCAGGCCAAGGAUGAAAGGACGUUCCACAUCUUUUACCAGUUGUUGUGUGGAACUUCAGAGGAGACAAGAGCGGACCUGCUGUUAGGAACUGCUGAUGAAUACCGCUUUCUGAGUGGAGGCUCCAUUCCUGUUCCUGGUCAGAGCGAUUCAGAGAACUUCACCCAGACCAUGGACUCCAUGGCUAUUAUGGGCUUCACCCCAGAGGAGUCAAUAUCCAUGCUUAAGGUGAUCUCUGCUGUGCUCCAGUUUGGAAACAUUUCCUUCAUGAAGGAAAAGAACCAGGAUCAGGCCUCAAUGCCGGAUAACACAGCUGCUCAGAAACUGUGCCAUCUGCUGGGCGUCAAUGUGCUGGAGUUCACUCGGGCCAUCCUCACUCCCAGAAUCAAAGUGGGUCGAGAGUAUGUGCAGAAGGCCCAGACGAAAGAACAGGCUGACUUUGCUGUGGAGGCCUUGGCGAAGGCCACAUACGAGCGUCUGUUCAGAUGGCUGGUUCACAGGAUCAACAGAGCUCUGGACCGCAGACAGCGACAGGGAGCCUCCUUCAUAGGGAUCCUUGAUAUCGCUGGAUUUGAGAUCUUCCAGCUAAACUCCUUUGAGCAGCUGUGUAUCAACUACACCAACGAGAAGCUGCAGCAGCUCUUCAACCACACCAUGUUCAUCUUGGAGCAGGAGGAGUACCAGCGGGAGGGCAUCGAGUGGAACUUCAUCGACUUUGGCCUGGACUUACAGCCCUGCAUUGACCUCAUCGAGAAACCAACCCACCCGCCUGGUGUCCUGGCCCUGCUGGAUGAAGAGUGCUGGUUCCCCCGUGCAACAGACCGCUCUUUUGUAGAGAAGCUGUCUGCUGAGCAAGGCAGCCAUCCAAAAUUCUUCCGAUCAAAGCAGCCACGUGGGGAAGCUGACUUCUCCAUCAUUCACUAUGCUGGCAAGGUGAACUACAAGGCAGAUGAUUGGUUAGUGAAGAACAUGGAUCCUCUGAACGACAACGUGGCGUCUCUCCUCCACCAGUCGUCGGAUCAUUUCGUCUCAGAGCUUUGGAAGGAGGUGGACAGGAUCGUGGGUCUUGACCAGGUGUCGUCGGGAGACAACAGUGGGCCCGUCACGUUCGGAGCAGCAGGACUCAAGACGAAGAAGGGUAUGUUCAGGACUGUUGGUCAGCUUUACAAGGAGUCUCUCACAAAGCUGAUGGCCACGCUGAGGAACACCAACCCCAACUUCCUCCGCUGCAUCAUCCCCAACCACGAGAAGAGGGCCGGUAAGCUGUCCCCCCAUCUGGUUUUGGACCAGCUGAGGUGUAACGGAGUUCUGGAGGGGAUCCGUAUCUGCAGACAAGGCUUCCCUAACCGCAUCCCAUUCCAGGAGUUCAGACAGAGAUAUGAGAUCCUGACUCCUAAUGCUAUUCCCCGCACCUUCAUGGAUGGCAAACAGGCAUCAGAACUCAUGAUCAGGGCUUUGGAGCUGGAUCUCAACCUGUUCAGGGUGGGUCAGAGUAAAGUCUUCUUCAGAGCUGGAGUCCUGGCUCACCUGGAAGAAGAAAGAGACCUAAAGAUCACCGACACCAUCAUACGCUUCCAGAGCGCCUCCAGAGGCUACCUUGCACGCAAAGCCUUUCUGAAGAAGCAGCAGCAGCUGAGCGCUAUGAGGGUGAUGCAGAGGAACUGUGCUGCAUACCUCAAACUCAGGAACUGGCAGUGGUGGCGGCUGUUCACCAAGGUAAAGCCCCUGCUGCAGGUGACCCGGCAAGACGAGGAGAUCCAGGUUAGGGAAGCCCAGCUCCAGAAGGUCAAGGACAAACUCACCCGAGUGGAGCAGGACUACACUGAGCUGGACAGGAAACACGCUCAGCUGAUGGAGGAGAAGUCAGUUCUGGCUGACCAGCUGCAGGCGGAGGCGGAGCUGUUUGCGGAGGCAGAGGAGAUGAGGGCCAGGUUGGCCAGUCGGAAACAGGAGCUGGAGGAAGUGCUGGGCGAGCUGGAGAGUCGAUUGGAGGAAGAGGAGGAGAGAGGUGUGCAGAUGACCAAUGAGAAGAAGAGGAUGCAGCAGAACAUACAGGACUUGGAGGAGCAGUUAGAGGAGGAGGAAAGUGCCCGACAGCGCCUCCUGCUGGAGAAGGUCACCUUGGAGACCAAAGUGAAGAGUCUGGAAUCCGACCUGCUGAAUGCAGUGGAGCAGAGAGACAGACUCAGCAAAGAGAAGAAACAGCUUGAAGAGCGUCUGAGUGAGGUGACUGAUCAGCUCACUGAGGAGGAGGAGAAAACCAAAAGUCUGAACAAACUCAAGAACAAACAGGAGGCUGUCAUCGCUGACCUAGAUGAACGCCUGAAGCGUGAGGAGCAGGGUCGCCUAGAGCAAGAGAAGUGGAGGAGGAGGAUGGAGAGCGAGUCGGUGGAGGCCCAAGAGCAGCUGUCAGACCUGGGCAUGCUGGCUGCCGAGCUCAGGGGCAGCCUGGCUCAGAAGGAGAAGGAAAUCACCACCCUGCAGGGCCGGUUGGAGGAAGAAGGAGCGCGCCGUGCCGAAGCUCAGAGGGCGCUUAGGGAGGCCAUGUCCCAGGUGUCUGAGCUGAAGGAGGAAGUGGAGAAUGAACGAGGGAUGAGGGAGAGGGCAGAGAAACAGAGGCGAGACCUGGGGGAGGAGCUGGAGGCUUUGAGAACUGAGCUGGAGGACACUCUGGACACUACAGCUGCCCAGCAGGAGCUAAGGUCUCGUCGGGAAGCGGAGUUAAAUGAGCUCCAGCGGUGCGUUGAAGACGAGACUCGCCGCCACGAGGCCCAACUGUCAGAACUCAGAGUCAAACACAGCGCUGCCAUAGACAGCCUCCAAGAACAGCUGGACAACAGCAAGAGAGCACGUCAGUCCCUGGAGAAGGCCAAGGCAGUGCUGGAGGAAGAGAGGCAGAAUUUGACCUCGGAGCUCAAGAGCCUCCAAGGGGGACGCAUGGAGAGCGAGAGGGGCCGCAAGAGGGCUGAGAGUCAGCUUCAGGAGCUCAGCGCCAGACUGGCUCAGGCUGACAGAGAGAGGGAGGAGAGGGAAGAGCGUGUGCACAAGCUACAGUGUGAGAUUGAGGCUCUCUCCAGCAAUUUGGCCUCCUCUGACACAAAAUCCCUUCGGCUCUCAAAAGAGGUCAACAGCCUGGAGAGUCAGCUGCAUGAUGCAAAGGAACUGCUGCAGGAUGAAACUCGUCAAAAGAUGGCUCUGGCCGCGAGGGUUCGAGCGCUGGAGGAGGAGAAGAACGGACUGAUGGAAAGACUCGAGGAGGAGGAGGAGAGAGCCAAAGAGUUGACCCGGCAGAUUCAGACUCAUACACAGCAGCUGGCAGAGCUUCGUAAGCAGUCGGAGGAGGUGAACACUGCGGUGGAGGCCGGAGAGGAGACCCGCCGGAAACUCCAGAGAGAGCUGGACAGCGUCAUGCAGAGGGAGCGGCAGAAGGAGGAGGAGAAGGAGAGAGUAGAGAGGCAGAGGGAGCGACUGAGGGAGGAGAUAGAGGACAUGACGCUUGCCCUGCAGAGAGAGAGGCAGAACUGCACGGCCCUGGAGAAGAGGCAGAAGAAGUUUGAUCAGUGUCUGGCAGAGGAGAAGGCGGUGAGCGCUCGGCUGGCAGAGGAAAGGGACAGAGCGGAAGCAGAUAGCCGAGAGAAGGAGACAAGACAUCUGGCACUUUCCCGAGCCCUGCAGGAGGCCCAGGACCAGAGGGAAGAGCUUGAGAGGGCCAACAAGCAGCUCCGUCUGGAAAUGGAACAGCUUGUAAACCAGCAGGACGAUGUCGGCAAGAACGUUCACGAGCUGGAGCGGACCAGGAGGACUUUAGAAACAGAAGCCCAGAACCUGCGAGUUCAGACGCAGGAGCUGGAGGAAGAGCUAUCGGAGGUGGAGAACUCAAGGCUGAGGCUGGAGGUCACCCUGCAGGCGCUCAAGGCUCAGUUUGAGAGGGAGAUAAGCACCAGCGAGGAGAAGGGAGAGGAGAAGAGGAGGGCGCUCAGCAAACAGGUAAGGGAGUUGGAGAUCCAGCUGGAGGAGGAGAGGAGCCAGCGGUCCCAGUCUGUUUCAUCCAAGAAGCAGCUGGAAGCAGAACUGCAGGAAGCUGAGGCACAAGUGGAAGCAGCCACCCGUGGAAAAGAGGAGGCUGUGAAGCAGCUACGGAGGCUGCAGGGUCAAUUGAAGGAAGUUCUGCGUGAGCUAGAUGAGACCAAGUUGGCUCGGGAUGAGGUGAUCGCUCAGUUGAAAGACAACGAAAAGAAGAUCCAAACACUGGAAGCAGAAGUCCUGCAGUUCACUGAGGAGCUUUCUGUAUCAGAGAGGCAGAGGAGGCAGGCUCAGCAGGAGAGGGACGAAAUAGCGGAUGAGAUGGUCAACAGCAGUUCUGGAAAGACGGCACUGUUUGAGGAGAAGCGGAGGUUAGAAGCGCGAGUCAGUCAGCUGGAGGAGGAGCUGGAGGAGGAGCAGAGUAACUCUGAACUGCUAGCAGAGAGGCAAAGGAAGACUGCUCUACAGGUGGAGACUCUGACCGUGCAGCUGCAGGGAGAGAGGACUCUGGCCCAGAAGGCAGAGGCAGCUCGGGAGCAGCUGGAGAGGCAGAACAAGGAGCUGAAGACCCGACUGGGGGAAAUGGAGGGAGCAGUGAGGGGCAAACACAGGCUCAGCGUCGCCGCACUGGAGGCCAAGAUAGACUCGAUGGAGGAGCAGCUGGAACAGGAGAGACAGGAACGAGCCAUGGCCAACAAACUGGUGCGGAAGACAGAGAAGAAACUGAAGGAGGUGAUGAUGCAGGCAGAGGACGAGAGAAGACAUGCAGACCAGUACAGAGAACAGCUGGAUAAGUCGAUGGUCCGCCUGAAGCAGCUGAAGAGGCAGCUGGAGGAGGUGGAGGAGGAGAACUCUCGCUCCAACGCCCAGAAGAGGAAGCUGCAGAGGGAGCUGGAGGAGCUUGCCGACAGCGGUCAGAGUAUGACGCGAGAGAUCACCUCUCUCCGCAGCCAGCUCAGCAUCCCUGAAUGGAGACCAGAUAAGCGUGCUCCUUUGCCCCUGGCGAUGCGUGGACGCAGAGCGCUUGUCGACGACCUCUCGUUGGAGAACUCUGACUCGGAGGAGCCCCCUGCCUCGCCGACCCCUUCCUCUGGAGUCCCAGGGACCCCAACUCCUUCCUCCGAACACAGCCUGGACCCUCCGCCGCCCUACAGUGUCAACACCACAGAGUGACGCGCGUAUAGACUCACAUAAUGUACACACAAACACACGCACACAUCUGCCUCUCAGAGCCUCCACAACUCAGGGGUGAAGGAGCAACAUGCACACAGUACAUCACAACACUGUAGUUUAUAAAGGUUAACGAUGUAGGAUGCACACAUCAGGCGCUAUUACUAUAAAACAACCUCACUAAAAAACAGAAGAAGUGUAAAAAUUAGAUUUUACAAAGAGGCAUCUGGAAUUGAUUUUUAUUUUGUAACAGACUGCGACGUAAAAAAAACAACAUAGCAAAGACUGGAAAUUUCUACAUUACAUCUCUGUAAUAAACUUCUGAGAAACUAAACUACAUCUCCCAGAGUUCCAUGGGGAAAGUGAAUUAUUAUCAACUAAUGUUAUGAUGCUGUACAGUAAGUAGAAGGCAAGCAACAUGGUGGUCAUGUCUUUUACAUUAAUAGGUAUUUAAAAUCUAAGCCAUGUUUAUUAAGCCUUUGAUGAGAAAAUACAAUCUGAUUUCACAAAGGGCUGCUGGACGGUGAAAAUACCUCUUUUCAGAAAGGUGUUGUGAAAAAUUUAUCUAACAAUCUAACAUAAAGGAGUCAACAAGAGACGUCAAAUACACACAUGGAGAAGAGAAUUCACCUUCUUUUUACGAGCGUGUGCAAAUGUGAUUUCUGACAUUUUCAUAUGUCAUAGUCAUAGUAAAAAAACAAACAAAUGAGAAACUUUGAGUCAUCUGAAAAAUAGUAGAAUAUGAAGACAUUUUGGGUGAGUUUCCAAAAGAGAAAUGGCAAUUAGUAACCAAUGUGUAACUUUUAUUGGAAAUGGUUGAUCAGAAACUGGGACGUAUUGCAGUAAGUUUCAUAACAUAUUGAUCUAAUUUUCAUAUCAUUUGUCAGAAUUGUAGAGACAAAUAACUGACCAUAAAAAGCAGCCUACACGCAGUACAGCUGCACAAAGUUGUUUUAAGUGAUAAGUCUGUUUUCUCUAGAUUAGACACAGUAUGUUGUUAGACAAAGCAGUAGGUAGUAUUAGAUAGUUUCUUAAACUAAAGUCUUCACAUAUUUCUUCAGAAAUUUGCAUAAUUUAUAUCAAAUGUGAACUUAAGUUAUUGAUCGCUGGUUAUUUUCUGUACAACUCUGUCUUGUGGAGAAGCAUGUUAAUCUGACGUUGGCCUGAACUGGGUUACGUUCAUGGUUCAGACUUGUUUCAGUCAGCGUCACAGUAUCAGGUCUCGGAGGUGAAUUUGCAUGGAAAACUUUUCUGGUGGAGAACUGGUUUGAGCUUGAGUGUCUCCCGCAGCAGCAUAACUACAAACAACCUGUGGAGAACUGUAUUAAUUGAUCUUUUUAUCUAAAUCAGAACAAAUUGUGACAAUGGAUCUUUUUUUCUUGUUUUAGACUGAUAAACACAUCACAUUUUAUUUUGACAAGCAUCUUGUAUAUUGUAAUUUUGAUUUUUAUUGAGUAACUGUGUAAAUUAUUGAUCAAACAAAGCUUUUGUGUUUAACCAAAUGGUGGGCGUAUGGAUGAGAAAAAGGGACUUAGUACCAGGAGUAGUAGUAAACGUAGAGUAACUGUAGAAUAGAGUAGACGACAGGAGUGUAGAGGCUGCUUAGGGUUUCUGCUAUCAUCCAGUGACUCUACUGGAGUUAUUCUAAGUAGAAUAAACUCAGUCUCUGCUCCCAGUUCCUGUUUAGAAGAUUCUAGAAAAACUGAGCAAGAGACUCAAAGCAUUUUCAGAUACUAGUAGUAUUAGAUAAAAAAUGACAAUGGGGAGUAAGGAAUGAAUUUUUAUGAAGAAACAAGUAGAACAGAAAGUAGACUUUUUUUUACCCUAGCUAUCAACUUAAAAUGUGUGUGUGUGUGUGUGUGUGUGUGUGUGGUGUCAACCAAACACAAGCGGCUUGAUGACCCUGCUGUGAAACAGACAAUGUUUUUUUUUGUCAAACCUGGUUUUAAAGAUGUUUCUCUUUAGGUGAAACAUCUGCAUUUUCCUCAGCAUGUUGUAUUUAUUGUUUAAAAGACGAUGGUCUUUUUUCAAUUUUAUUUUUGUUUAUGACCUUUUUCAGCACCUGUUUGCCUGUCCAGGAAGUUAACGUGAUGUCUAGUUUUUGAAUUAGACACAAAUAGCUACGCUUUAAAGGAAUGGUUUAACAUUAUGGGGAAUUUGCUAAGUCAGUUUCUUCCGUAGAGUUAGAUGAGAAAAUCGAUACCACUUUCAUAUCAGUUUGGUAAAAUAUAUUGUUAUAUGUUGUAUGUUUGAAAACAAAAAACAGAGUUGCGUUUUUACGAGCUGAACUAUGUCUUGGCCAGACACAGUAAGCAGAGACUACAGGAAGUCACUGCACCCAGACAAGAAAUAGUCUGGAACACAACUCCCCAUAAAACUGCAUAUUGUUGUUUUUACAUUUAGUUUUUUAUACAAAUUAAACCUACCUAAAAUAAAACGUGCAGGGCCAGGCUACCUGUUUCCCCCAUUGUCUUCUGGGUGUAGCUUCAAAUUUAUUGUACAGAUGUGAAAGUAACACAACAAAAAAAAAAAAUCCAAAAAGGCUUUUUCCUAAAAUGUACAACUAAUCCCUUAAAUCAGAAAGAAUGUCACU